GGGGAAGUGUGAUGAAGUUUCGAUGAUGGCCAAAAGAUGAAUUGUUGCGCUACGGGUGACGUCAUGCCCGUUGUUUCGGAUGACGCUGAGAGAAGCAGGCCGCACGCGCAUAGCAGGAACCUACCCUGUCAAGGUUUCUGUGGAUCAAGGUCGUCGAUUUCUCCUCAGUCACACGAAAAUAGGGGAUCGCCCUCUCCCGUCCCCCUUACCCCCUUCUAAAACAGCAUGGCUCAGGAGACAAAUCAGACGCAGGUGCCAAUGCUUUGCACUAUGGGAUGUGGUUUCUAUGGUAACCCUCGCACCAAUGGAAUGUGCUCUAUCUGCUACAAGGAACAUCUGCAGAGACAACAAGGAGGGGGGAGAAACAGUCCCCCAGGUGCCACAUCUCCUGUAGGUUCCCCAGGGGCAUCUGCGGUGACGGUGGAGUCCACCCCUGUACCCACUACGGAAGCUGUUACCCCACCUGAAGAGCGCAAGUCUAGCAGUAGUUCGCCCAGCCCAGUAACCCAGCAGAUGACUGCUAUGAGCAUCUCCCAGGACACGCCAACCACUGAUUCAGACAGAGCAGAAGUGGAUGAGGAAGAGGAGGAGGACUCGCCUAAAAGCACAGGGCCAGUAGGGGAAGCUGCACAGGCUUCUUCAGACGGAGAUCAGACUCCUGACAAGAACAAAAAGAAGAAUCGAUGCUUUGCUUGUAGGAAAAAAGUUGGCCUCACGGGCUUUGACUGUCGCUGCGGUAACCUGUUUUGUGCUAUCCACCGUUAUUCUGACAAACAUGACUGUCCCUACGACUACCGAGGAGCCGCUGCCGCCCGCAUCCGCAAGGAGAACCCCAUCGUGGUAGCUGAGAAGAUUCAGAAGUUAUGAGGAUUGACGGCUAAACGAGCAAAAAUAGUUUGACCUGCAAGUUUUGGAACCAUGGCGCUGAAUAACACCAUUCUAAACUGGGUUCAUUUCUUCAUUGUAAGAUAAGGUGGGUGGGGUUGUAGGGUAGAGCCCCUGCUUGGCCAGUCCCUAAACUAUCAUCUCCCUGUCUCUCCCAGAAGGGUGGUGUAGAGGUGUGUGUGAGUGAAUGUGUGACAUGUUGAGAGAAGUUGUGUGUUUUUUUUUUCUUUUUUUCUAGAGAGCCAGGGAGAAGAGGGAUUGGUUGUCAGGUGGGCAUCCAUGUGCACCGGGGGGAAGGUGGACUCUUUAGUUUUUACCCUGGCAUUGACUUUUGUUAGGAUAUUAUUAUAACAUUAUUUUUUUAUAGGAGACCUGAGAUGUGGGUUCAGGAGUCUGAUUGGAAGGGGUGGGUAGGGUGGGAUAUCGAGAGGGAAUUUCUCUGAUAUUGCAAAAGGUUGAAGAAUAUAGAUUUUAAUGACUACUCCCACAUUUACCCAUGUAAAAUUAUUUUACGGUGUUCUUUUUUUUUUCUUUGUUCUGAUUAAUUAUCCCGACAUGUCAAAUCCCAGCCUGUGCAUUUAAAAAAUAUUUCUCUUUUAUAUAUUGACUUAUCAUGCUAAUGUUGGGUGCAUGAAUAGUUAUCGGAUGGGGUUUGAAGGGGGGUGGGGUGUAGCAAGAAUCUUGCGAUAAGCGAGUGACUGAGUUUUUUUUUUCUUUCCUUUUCUGUUUUAAUGAGUGUAUGGCAUCAGAAGAUCUAUAUUAAUAUAUUGUGCGUAGCUUGAAUUGUGUGAUUGCAUUCUAUUUAUUUUGUAUUAUCAUUUGGUUGGUUGGUACUGGAGGAUUGGAAGCAUGUCCAAAAAAAAAAAUCCCCUUAAUGAUAUUUCUGUCUAUUUACAUAUGCAUUUAUAAGAAUUAUAGGACCUUGUGGAGUAAAGUCAGACGGGAUUAGGCUUUUCAAAAUCAAAGCACAAGAUCGUUCUUUAGUUUCUUUGCACAAAUGCAACAAAAAUGCAGUUAGUGUAGGAUCCUCGGUGCUGUACUGAACCUACCAGGCCCGUUAUUGCUAAUGCACGCCAGCGAUGAACUAUUUUGACCUUUGCCAUCAGAGUCGCCAAGCUUCGAGAGCAAAGUAUUCGUUAACCACCAGCAGACCAAUGAAUGAUGCUAAUGGAACCGGCUACUAAUUUGUUUAUUAGGCAAUGCCUUUCCGUUCCAAAAAACAUGUAUUUACAAUUAAUAACGCUGUGUUUAGGAUGUCAUAGUGGAAGAUGCACACUUCCCCAACAGAUAAAUGUUGCAUGCUCGCACAAAUAUUAGGCCAAAUGCAGAGUUUGCUACAGCCACAUUACAUUGCAACACAAAUGUGAAACACAACGUCCCAUUGCAUGGGUGAAUGGAGCCUGCUUUCCAAAUGAACAGGAUUCUUCUGUUCUCUAAUAUAAAUAUUAAAUGGCUGCCAUUCUAAAAUAGAAUGAUUAAGAUCUUAGAAAUAGCAGGAAAGGAUCAGCAGGAAAAAAAACGUCUGUUUUGUGUGUACGUAGUGUUUAUUAACUACCCAUAUGUAAGGAGAAAGGUGCGACGUGGUGUUCUCUGUCAUCCUUUGAGUGAAUCCUUUUUUUUUUUUUUUUUUUUUUGUAAAAGGGCUGAAAUGACCAUUUCGUAUUUAUCCUCAAUGUUGUCCAGCAGUCUUCCCUCAUAAUGUCUUUUGAUGUGCACAUUUUCCCGUGAUUUAUAUACAGUCCCUUGACUUAAAAGACUUGUUGAAAGCAACUUGGUGGAUGUAUCCGAUUUGAAGCCCUGGUAAUGACCUUGCUGCUUUAUUAAGGAAAUAACCUGAGCUUUAAUUAGCACCGUCUGUGCUUGCAGCAUUAUCCUCAGUGGGGCUGCCAGCUCAAGAGGGCUUUUGUGAAAAGCAGGUGUAAGUGGCUCAGUGAGCUGGCAUCCUGACAGCCUUUUAAUGAGGGUUUGGAUCUCACACUUUCUGUCUGCUCCGUUUGCUGGAGGAUAAUCCUACCUUUUCUAGGGUUUGAGUGUUAGGGAUACAGAUGGGUGAAGGCCAUGUCAGUGUAUGGGAAUGCUAGACUCCAGUUCCUGGUGAGAUUCUUGUUGUGUGGUGGGCAUAAAACUGUGAAUGUAGUCAAGCGCUUGACUAUGAGCUCCAGUGGGUGGAAAGCCAGUUGGUCACCUGUAACGUUGCCUUCAGUGUCUUAUCAGACUGUUGGCACUAUAUGCCAGUGCAUUAUCCCUUCUAUGCUAGCAAUGAUUAACCGUCGACAUUGCAUGUUAUUGAGCAAACUAGAGAAGUGACUUAUUCCUUACAUGUAACUGAUGAAGAAUUGCCUUGAUUUUAGUGAAGGUGUUGAGAUUCAUAUUUCUCCCAGUAGUUAAU